UCAUAGAAGCAAGAAACUUGUGUCCUAUGGAUCCAAAUGGCCUUGCUGACCCCUACUGCAAGGUGAAACUGAUCCCGUAUGACUCACAUAAAGUGAAGAUGAAGACAAAGACCAUCAAAGCAUCUUUAAACCCUCAGUGGAAUGAAUGUUUUCUUAUGGAUUUGGCUCCAGAGGACCAGGCCAAGAGACUUUCAUUUGAAGUGUGGGAUUGGGACCGGACCUCAAGAAAUGACUUUAUGGGAUCUUUAUCAUUCGGGAUCUCAGAACUGAUAAAAGCACCAAUUGAUGGAUGGUUUAAACUGCUCUGUCAGGAAGAAGGAGAGUUUUAUGGGGUACCAGUCAGCGAUGACAUCACAGAAGAUAUUCAGGAGAUUAGAAGUAAAAUGCAUAGAUCAAGUAUAAGUGACCAGAGGAAGAUCCCUGAGCCAGACAAGCUACACAGUUUGAGUAAACAGGACAUUGUCAGAGCUAGUGACUUCAAUUUUCUUACAGUCUUAGGGAAAGGCAGUUUUGGGAAAGUAGUGCUAGCUGAGAGAAAAGGCACAGAUGAGCUUUAUGCAAUCAAGAUUCUGAAGAAAGAUGUCAUUAUCCAAGAUGAUGACGUAGAGUGUACCAUGAUAGAGAAAAGAGUUCUUGCUCUUCCAAACAAACCACCAUUCCUUGUUCAGCUGCACUCCUGCUUCCAGACAAUGGAUCGGCUCUAUUUUGUCAUGGAGUAUGUGAACGGAGGCGAUCUUAUGUACAGAAUACAGCAGGAAGGAAAGUUUAAAGAGCCAGUGGCUGCCUUUUAUGCUGCAGAAAUUGCUAUAGGAUUGUUUUAUCUGCAUUCUCAAGGAAUUGUCUAUCGAGAUCUAAAACUGGACAAUGUGAUGCUGGAUGCUGAAGGGCAUAUCAAGAUUGCAGAUUUUGGCAUGUGUAAAGAGAACAUAAUGGGAGAUAAGACAACGCGCACAUUCUGUGGGACUCCUGAUUACAUUGCUCCUGAGAUUGUGCUGUAUCAGCCAUAUGGCAGAUCUGUUGACUGGUGGGCCUACGGUGUGCUGCUGUAUGAAAUGCUAGCAGGCCAGCCCCCUUUUGACGGUGAGGACGAGGAGGAGCUGUUUACCUCAAUCACAGAUCACAACGUAUGUUAUCCAAAGUCUCUCUCAAGGGAAGCUGUCUCCUUAUGUAAAGGGCUACUAACAAAAUUACCCAGUAAGAGAUUAGGAUGUGGACCAAAUGGUGAAAGGGAUAUAAAAGACCAUGCCUUUUUCCGAAGAAUUGUUUGGGAAAAGAUAGAGCUUCGGGAAGUUCAGCCACCAUACAAACCUAAAAUU